ACACUUAAGGAUUUAGAAGGCCACAUGUGGCCUUAAGGCCACAGGUUCCCCUGCUCUAGACUGUACAUUUCAGAGCAGAUACGGAGACAGUUUCUUCAUCAGAUAUUCCUUAUACCAAGGCAAUUAUAGAUCCAGUCUAAAACCAAACCAAAAAAUUGGUUUUCACUGUUUGAGAUUUUUUUUUUCCCCGUCUGGCAGCAAUCAUUUUCUCCCUAGCCUGAACUGAAGAAGUAGGAGGCAUCAAUUAGGAGGUGGGACAGAGCAGCUCCUCCCCAGCUUUUUUCUGGCGUUGGCAGCAGGGCUGUGUCCUUCCUUGUCACCACCAGUGAGUGCCAGAGGAGGACAGCACAGCCUACAGACCAGAAAAUGACAGAUCUAGAAAGGAGGUGGAAUUCCAUUUCCCCAGAGGAUCUCUGCAGAGAAAAUGACCAAGAAGAGAAUUGCCGUGAUUGGGGCAGGUGUGAGCGGGCUCAUCUCUAUCAAAUGUUGCCUGGAAGAAGGUCUAAAGCCAGUCUGCUUUGAAAGGACUGAUGACAUCGGAGGGCUUUGGAGAUUUCAGGAGAAUCCAGAAGAAGGAAGGGCCAGUAUUUACAAAUCGGUGAUCAUCAACACCUCCAAGGAAAUGAUGUGUUUCAGUGACUACCCCAUCCCCGAUCACUUUCCUAACUUCAUGCAUAACUCUCAAAUCAUGGAAUACUACAGGAUGUAUGCCAAAGAGUUUGAUCUCUUAAAGUAUAUUCGUUUCAAGACUACUGUAUGCAGUGUGAAGAAGCGACCUGAUUUUCCCACUUCAGGCCAGUGGGACAUAGUCACUGAAUCUAAUGGGAAGCAGGAAGUGAAUGUCUUUGAUGGAGUCAUGGUUUGCACUGGCCAUCAUACCGAUGCUCACAUGCCCCUGGAGUGCUUCCCUGGGAUAGAGAAAUUCAAAGGUCAAUACUUCCACAGCCGGGACUAUAAAAACCCACAGGAAUUUACUGGAAAGCGAGUCAUCGUGAUUGGCAUUGGGAAUUCUGGAGGAGAUCUUGCAGUGGAGAGCAGCCAAACAGCCAAACAGGUCUUCCUCAGCACUAGGAGAGGUGCAUGGAUACUAAAUCGUGUGGGAGAUAAUGGAUAUCCUUUUGAUAUUAUCUUCAAUUCCCGAUUUAGAAACUUGAUCGCACAGUUCUUAAGCCUAUCUGCAAAGAGUUCAUAUUUGGAAAAUAAGAUGAAUGCAAGGUUUGACCAUGAAAUGUAUGGCCUGAAGCCUAUGCACAGAGCUCUGAGCCAGCACCCAACAGUCAGUGAUGACCUUCCCAACAAAAUUAUUUCUGGCCAAGUGAAAAUCAAGGGAAAUGUCAAGGAAUUCACAGAGACAGCCGCCAUCUUUGAAGAUGGCACAAGAGAGGAUAACAUUGAUGUCGUUAUCUUUGCUACGGGCUAUAGCUUUGACUUCCCCUUCCUUGAAGACUCUGUCAAAGUGGUCAAGAAUAAGGUUUCCCUGUAUAAGAGGGUAUUUCCUCCUAACCUGGAGAAACCAACACUUGCUAUUAUUGGCCUCAUCCAGCCACUCGGAGCCAUCAUGCCCAUUUCAGAACUCCAAGGCCGCUGGGCCACACAGGUAUUUAAGGGACUAAAGACCUUGCCUUCGAAAAGUGAAAUGAUGGAAGAAAUCACUAAAACUAAAGAAGAAAUGGCUAACAGGUACGUGGAGAGCCCCCGCCACACCAUCCAGAUGGACUACAUGGAUUAUAUGGAGGACCUUGCUGAGUUGGUGGGAGUGAAGCCCAACCUGCUGCCCUUGAUCUUCACUGAUCCCAAACUGGCAUUUCAUUUGUUCUUUGGACCGUGUACCCCGAUCCAGUAUCGUCUGCAGGGCCGGGGGAAGUGGGAUGGAGCCCGAGAGGCCAUCCUCACAGUGAUUGACCGUGUCAAGAAGCCGAUGAAAACAAGGGUGGUGGGGGAAAAUAGCCACAGCUCCUCGAUGAUGAUGGUGGUUGGCAAAUGGAUGCUGGUUGUAGUCUUCAUUUCCAUUAUCGUAGCUUAUUUUUAGCUCUGGAGCUCAUCGCUGUAGCUUGAUCAAAAAGUGCCUUCAGAAUGCGAAAAGGGAAAUUUGUGCAACUACUCUCUCCUCUUCAGCUCAGGGCU